AUGAAGCGCUCUCUGUCUGCUUCGAUAGAAUCGUCGUCCUUGUACACAGCUUCCAAUUCCAACAAGUCAUCGAAGAGACUCAAGCUAGAAAAUGAAAUUUUUUCCAAAUCAAUAAAAGACAUAGAGAAAAUGUUCACCAUCGAUAAUUUCAAAAACGAAAACAAUUUUGUUAACAACCAAGCAGUCAACCAGGGCAGCAUUGCAUCUACCACUCUCACAUCGGUUAACUCCCACCACCAUCAUAUAAAGACGAAACAGCCGACUCCUGUAGUUGUAGCAAAACACGAUUGCAAUUAUUCCUACGUAGACAGUGACGUUCAUCAAUACCUCACCAGCCAACAUGGAGCCAGCAACCACCAGCACUUGAAGUACGAUUGCAUAAAUUUAUCAUUUUUAGCAUCGGCCUCUCCGUCGGUAGCUGCCCAUCCCAAGUACGCAAACAUUAACGACUCGUGUUACUUCUCCAAGGCAUCAUGCUUUGAGCACAAGGGAAAUACCCAGGGAGCAAUUCCCAUCUUGCCUUCGCAAUCGAAGAUGGUUCAACAGCCUACAAAAAGUAUGAUGGACAUGUCCAUAGACGAUGUGGUCGACGACGAACUCGACGACGCAUUCGACACCAAAUUGCACUUCAUCACCUUCAACAAGAACAACUUGGAGCGUGACUUGAACUUGAUAGAUCAAUUAAUACUAUUGAACUAG